ACUCCUCGCUUGAGGCUCUGGAGCUAGGCACGGAGGUGAAGUGGGGCGCUCUCCCGGGGCGUCCCGGGCUCCAGCUCCACCUCCACCUCCCCACAUCAGCCUUUCUUGUUCGCUGCCCCCCACGCCCCGCCCAGACCCCUGCUGCCUUCCCUCCAAACUCCUUGGGUGUUCUCCCGGAGCCCUUUUCCUUGCAUCCAUGUAGGGAGACUCCUCCCCGCCCUUACCUCCCCAGUAAAACGGGAGCGGGUCAGUGGGUAGGGCGGCUGGCCCAGCCGAGUCACCGGACCGGCUCUCCGCUGGGAGGGGACGGGGACAGAGAAGGCUCCGGGCCUUCCUCCGACUCCAGGGAGCGCUGAGCUCUGUCGGGCAGCCGCACCGCGGGUCCGGAUCACCAGAGCAGCCUGGAGCGGGAACCCGGCACCAAAGCGCCCGAGCCGCUGCCUCCAGCCCGCGGGCGUCCCCCGCGCUCACCCCGACUCCGGAACGCCGGAGCCUCGGGCGCCCCUGAAGCCCCGCUCAGCGUGCGGGUCUCGAGCGGCACAGCGCGCUUUUUUCCAGGCCCCCAACAAGGAGGGGCGCGCGGGGGGCCCCAGAAGCACCUCCCGCCAGCCCGCCCUCCCCCUUCCCCGCCCGCGCAACGGGUCCGCGCGGCGCGGCGCUGCGCUCGGAUUCCGGGAGGAAAGCGCCGCGCGGUGUCCCUGGCGUCCUCAGUCCUGCCCCUCGAAGUGGAGAUGCGCGAGAGGCAGGCGAGGGCGCGCAGCUCGUGAGACGCCGCGCCAGCCGGCACCAUGCGCCUGCGGCCGCUGCCCUUCGUCGUGGUCCCCGGCUUGCUGCAGCUGCUAUUCUGUGACAGUGAGAAGGCGGUGCAUGCCACAGAGGGGCUGGACUGGGAAGACAAAGAUGCUCCCGGGACCUUGGUUGGAAACGUGGUGCACUCAAGGAUCAUCAAUCCUCUGCGCCUGUUUGUUAAACAGUCUCCUGUCCCAAAGCCUGGACACUUGGCGUAUGCGGACAGCAUGGAAAACUUUUGGGAUUGGCUGGCCAAUGUCACGGAGGUUCAGGAGCCACUGGCAAGAACUAAACGGAGGCCAAUAGUAAAGACGGGAAAAUUUAAGAAGAUGUUUGGGUGGGGCGACUUCCAUUCCAACAUUAAAACUGUUAAACUCAAUCUCCUCAUCACAGGAAAAAUUGUUGACCAUGGAAAUGGAACCUUCAGUGUUUAUUUCCGACAUAAUUCCACAGGCUUAGGCAAUGUUUCAGUGAGUUUGGUACCCCCCUCCAAAGUGGUGGAAUUUGAAGUUUCCCCGCAGUCUACCUUGGAGACCAAGGAAUCCAAAUCUUUCAAUUGUCGCAUUGAAUAUGAAAAAACAGACCGGGCAAAGAAGACUGCCCUGUGCAACUUUGACCCAUCGAAGAUCUGCUACCAGGAGCAGACUCAGAGCCAUGUGUCUUGGUUGUGUUCCAAACCCUUCAAGGUCAUUUGCAUUUACAUUGCCUUUUACAGUGUUGAUUAUAAACUUGUGCAAAAAGUCUGUCCUGACUACAAUUACCAUAGUGAGACUCCAUAUUUAUCUUCUGGCUGAAUCUUUCCAACAGUGAUAUAAAUGAGGGGUGAAUACAUAUUUCAUUAGAAUGACCAAGAACCAAGGCCAACUCUUCGUGGUAAAGGAUCCCUUUUGUUUCUGGCAGUGAACCUUAGUUCCCUAUUAGGUUUUCAAAUUAAAAAAAAGAAAAAGAAACUUCUUUAAAUGUGACAUGUGUUUGUUUCGCUCGUACCUUAAUCUGAAAAGUCAAACUGUGUAUGAAGCCAUCGCUUUCAUGUAGGAUGGCUAAGUCCUAGAAAUAUUGUUGUUUCUCUAAAAUCAACAUCAAUGGUAGAAACAUGUAACGAAAAAGAACCGAAUUAUGCAUGUGAUACACAUUGCUCUUGAAAUGAGCCUGCCUUUGAAAUUUGUUUUGGAAGGUUACCUUAAAAUUAGCAGAUUCAGUAAAGUAACUGAAAAGAUAGCAUUUGAUAGAUGAAUCACAUUUCUGACAUUGAAUUCUUUUUUUAUCUCUGUCCUUCCCCCACAUCAGUGCUGUUAUUGAUAUGAGAGAUGAAGGGGUAAAAUUUGUUUCAAAACCCAUGUGUGAGGUUACCGUGCCACAGUGGAACUAAACACAUGAUUAUCUGAGCUAGGCUGGGAUGAGACUUAAACACUUAGUCCUGGGUUGGCCACUAUCUUUAGGAUUCUCAUCUGAGUA